UAGUAGACAUACUUUCGUUGUAUUUUAAAACCCCAACCCGUGCGCUCUCUCUCUCUAAUUCUUUAUUUCCGAACCCUCUCUUCCUCUCCGGAGCUCAAAUUUCUCUCGUCUCUCUUAGCAUCAUCAUAUCUCUCUGUCUGUCUGAAUUAAACCUAAUUUUGCAUUUUGUCAGAAUACUGCAUCAUCGUUGUAAUUUCUCUCUCUCUCUCUCUCUCUCUAAAAUUCUUUUGGUGGUUUGCUGAAGAAUCGUCGGCAAUGGCUGCAUCAGAGGAGACGCCUCGAGACCCGGAAGCAAUUGUCUACAAGACUAAGCAAAUUCAUUUUCUAGGGCGAUCCAUUCCCAUUAUCCUGCAAAAUGACAAUGGACCUUGCCCUCUUCUUGCUAUCUGUAAUGUUCUUCUAUUGCGAAAUAAUUUGAACCUAGGUUCAGAGACGUCUGAAGUUUCUUUGCGAACUUUGCUAUCCCUUAUUGCCGAAAGAUUGAUUGAUUCCAACAGUAACAUUGAGAACAAAGAUGAUGAAUAUGUGCAUAAUCAGCAACAGAAUAUUUCGGAUGCAAUGGAAGUGCUAUCUCGUCUUUCUACAGGGAUAGAUGUGAAUGUAUGCUUUAGAAACAUACAUGAUUUUGAGUUCACACCAGAGUGUGCCAUAUUUGAUCUUUUGGACCUUGGAUUAGUGCAUGGCUGGAUUUGUGAUCCUCAGGACUCAGAAACUGCAGCUGCAAUUGGUUCCAACUCUUAUAAUACCCUUAUGGAGAAGCUUGUUUCCCUUGAAACACGAAAUGCUGUGGAGGAGUCUAAGGGGAUCCUUCUAGAAGAUUCAAUUGAUUUUGCUGCUGCUACGACUGCUACUUUAGGAGUUCCUUCCCCAUGCCUGUCGAGAGCCAAAUCUUUUGAGGACUCUCCUCUUCCAGACAGUAUUGAACAAGGAGGACGGAAGGGAGACAGAGAGGAAGUGGAAGAACUGAUGAAAGUACUAAAUAUAUCAAGAACUGAAGUGGUAGCAACUGUUCCUAAUCCGGUGUCCCCUGGAGCACACUUUUGGAACUUUGCUGGUAGUUCAGAUGACAACAUUAAUAAGAGCAGCAGUUCUGACAAUAAGUGCAGCAGAUCUGAAGGGCCGCUUGAUUCCAUUGAGGGGAAACAUAAUGAUGAUGUAUUCCAAGAAUCAUGUCUUUUGGAUUCUCUCGAUCAAGUUAGUUGCAGUUCAUCCACUGUUUGUUAUAUUGAUGGGUUACCCUCAAAUAUUAUUAGUCCAAUGGAAUCUGAUAUCAUUCAUACUAAGUGUUCACUACAAACCAGUUCUGUUGAAUCGGUUACUGAAAAAUUUGGCGGAAAUAAUGUCACUAGUGGAAGCUUGAUUGAGGAACGAGAAAAUGAUAAUGUGGUUCUAGACCAAAAUAUAUCCUUACUUCCUAGCAAAUUGGACAGCCAUAUUACUGAAUACAAUCACGAAAAUCAUGAGAACGGGCAAAAAAUUGACCAAGUGGUUUUGCCAACAUUCCAUGGAGAUACUUCUAAGGUUCCAAUUAGCCACAUGCCGUAUGAUAAUUAUUCUGAAGAUUACAACACAAUAGUACAUUCCCCAGUUGUUGCAAAUUCUGAUAUCUCUCCUGGUGACAGUCAGAGUAAAAGGGAGCUCAUAGAUGUCCCUGAGGAUGUAAGCUCAAGCAUGAGUGAGCCCAUAUAUGAAGGAGAAGAUUGCAUACAGGAUGCAGGGAAUGAUACUUAUGAAAAUCGAGAGCCUAUGUAUGAAGGUGAGAUGGCCCUUGCCAACCAAGCUAAUGAUGGGAAAAAUGGGGAUGCAUGUGGUAUUGAGCAACCAUGUGAAGGGCCUUACAAUCUUACGGCAAGGGAAGGAGAACUGAUACGGAAUUUCUUGAAGAAUAAUGCGAGCCAGCUGACAAUAUAUGGCCUAUUUUGCCUACAAGAAGGACUGAAAGAGCGUGAACUUUGUGUUUUUUUCCGUAAUAAUCAUUUCAGUACUAUGUUCAAGUUCAAGGGCGAGCUGUAUCUUUUAGCAACUGACCAGGGCUAUAUAAAUCAACCAGAUUUAGUGUGGGAGAAGUUAAAUGAGGUGAAUGGAGAUACCGUGUUUAUGACGGGUGCCUUCACAGAAUUUAAGGCAGAAAAUGAAGUUGGCGCCCGAUGGGAUGAGGAAACUGCCAUGACUAGUACUGCUGAUUACCGAUCCAACAUUGAAAAAGCAGAACCAAGUUCAACUCUAAAUUCUGAUCGACAACUGGCAAUAGCCCUUCAACAACAGGAGUAUGAGCAUCAGAAUCAGCAUAAGCAUCCGCAGAAUACAAAACCAUCAUCUUCAAUUGGCAGCUCCAGGCUUGUCACAGGUCCAGAGGAAGAUAGUAAACAGUGGGAUAAUGUAUGGUGGGAGUCUAUGGCUGUUGAUUCGUCUUAUGAACCCUGGGAUUCUGUGGGUGUUGGUUCGUCCAUUGAACCCUGCGAUUCUGUGGGUGUUGAUUCGUCCAAUGAACCCUGUCAUUCUGGGGGUGUUGAUUCGUCCAAACCCUGCGAUUCUGGGGGUGUUGAUUCGUCCAAUGAACCCUGCGAUUCUGUGGGUGUUGAUUCGUCCAAUGAACCCUGCGAUUCUGCAGGUGUUGAUUCGUCCUAAGAUCCCUGCUGGUACUGGCCUUAGGAACCACAGAGUUAGGAUUGGAUGUUUGUUCUAGUUCUUGGAAUAAUGCAUUUAAGAAAAAUACUAUCAAAAGAAACUAACAGUCGAAAACAAACAGGGAGUGGGAGCAGUUGGAAAUGUGAGUCCAGGUUCUAGCCAGCAUUCUUGUGCUUGAUUGAAAAUUUUCAUUAGCAAGGCUGAGAUGACAGAUUCUCUCUUGAAAAAAGUCCUUGUGCAUCGUGGUCGGUUACGAUUAGUUGGAUUUUUUUCCCAAUGGCAGAGGUUCUCAUGUAAAAAGGUUUUUGCGAACAUUGUUCAUUAUGCUUAAUCGAACUCUUUUUCCAUUGUGAGGCUGUGAUUAUUGUCCUUUAUAAAAAGGUUCUUGUUUACAUGGAUGGGAUUAGCUUUUGGCUGCCAUUUUGUAUUUUUGAUAAUACCAGAAUAUCAGAGAUACUUUAGUCUUGUAUGGUUACAUGUUGGGGCAUCUCUCUCUCUCUCU